AUGAAUCUCACUGCCAGUGAUCACCGAAUACCUCUGAAUGAUGGAAGUAGCAUUCCUAUCAUUGGACUUGGCACCUUUUCAAAAAGAAAAACAAGCUUUAAAGAUUUAUGCUUGGAGUCUGUGAAGACUGCUAUUGAUGUUGGGUACCGCCAUUUUGAUGGAGCCUACAUUUACAAUAAUGAACAUGAAGUGGGAAAGGCAAUCCAACAGAAAAUUGCUGAAGGAAAAAUGAAACGAGAAGACAUCUUCUACUGUGGCAAAUUGUGGUCUACUUUCCUGAAACCAGAGUUGGUACAACCAGCUCUGGAGAAGACACUUAACUGUCUUCAGCUAGAUUAUAUUGAUCUUUACAUCAUUGAAAUGCCAAUGGCUUUUAAGGCUGGAGAUAAGAUUUAUCCUAAAGAUGAAAAUGGUGAAUGGUUGUUCGAUGAGGUAAAUUUGUGUAGUACAUGGGAGGCUCUGGAAGCAUGCAAAGACAAAGGCUUAGUGAAGUCCCUUGGGGUGUCUAAUUUCAAUCGAAGACAGCUUGAGCUUAUCCUGAAUAAACCAGGACUCAAGUAUAAACCAGUUUCCAACCAGGUUGAGUGCCAUCCAUAUUUCAUCCAAACAAAGCUCUUGAAAUUUUGUCAAAACCAUGACAUUGUCAUUGUGGCAUAUAGCCCUUUAGGGACCAAUAGAGACCCAUCAUGGGUGAAUCUACAUUGUCCUCCCUUGCUGCAAGACCCUUUGCUAAUCUCCUUGGGCCAAAAGUACAGUAAGACACCAGCACAAAUCUCUUUACGUUUCAAUAUCCAACGAGGGAUAGUUGUCAUUCCCAAUAGUUUUAAUGCUGAUAGAAUAAAAGAAAACUUCCAGAUCUUUGACUUCUCCCUCACUGAUGAAGAAAUGAAGAGCAUUGAAGGCUUAAAUAAAAACAUUCGUUUUGUGAAUUUAUUAAUGUGGAGUCAACAUCCUGAAUACCCUUUUCAUGACGAAUACUGAAAUCUGAGAACAC